GUGCAAAAUCAAUUUAUUCACAAUUCUGACUGUGCAAAAUAGAGAAGAGGUUGAAAACACAUCCGUCUCAAUGGGCUGUUUUUCUUGAUUUUGCGGAAACAAAUCCCCAACUUUUAACGAAAAAAUUUGAUGGGGCAAAUGGUAGAAAAAAAUAUGUUCAAUUAUGGGAGGAAAUAACAGAAAUACUUAACAGCAUGAGAUUCCUCAAAAAGACAGUGGAUAAAUGGCAAAAGGCAGUAGCAGAUUGGAAAUCCAAAACAAAGGCAAAAGUGGCAGACAUCAACAAAGGGUUAACUCAAACCGGGGGUGGAGGACCGCUCCCUGAGCUAAAUGAAAAUGAGACGCGCCUAAUUGCAAUUUUAAGAACAACAUUUAUCACUGGCAUACAGACCAAUAAAGAACUUGGCUUAUGCCAAGGAAAGAAAGUACCUGAAGGUCAAGCAAUUCCAGCCUUACCAAACCAGAACUCAAUCAUAUUGUCCAAAGGUCCAGGUAGAAUCUCGCCACCUCCACUCUGGCCACUUUCAUAUGACGGUAAUACAAGCAUAAACCCAACAUCUUCGAAAUCAGAACCUAUAGUCCAUAUAGAAAAUGCAACUUCUGAGAGUGCAGUAAAUGAAACAGACACUCGACCACUGAAAGAACAACAGAUACAAAACACUCCCAAAAAAAGGCCAUGGGGAUGCACUACUACCACCACUACGCAGAAAAUGCCUUCUACAAAUUUAACAGAUAUGCACGGAGAAACACUCAAAGUUUUAAAGUAAAUUAAUACAAGUAUUGAGAAAAUGGCCACUUCUCAAGAAAGAUUAGCGGAAGCAAUCGAAAAAUUGAUAGGCAAAAUUAUUUGACUGAAAAAAAAAAAUGAGAGAUCUACACUUUAUUUUUUCCCAAGAUAGAUUUUGACAUUGAAAACUUUGAAACAUAAACAAUAACGCUUGACCCUGAUUAGUCACAAAAUGAGAUGUUUCUG